GAUAAGGUCCGAAAUUCGCUAGCUAGACUGUCUUACUGCUAUAUAAAACUUUGCUUAUCAAGACUGUUUACAUUUUACAGUGAAGCUGGUUGUGUAUCAUUAUAUGCAUUAUAUAAUUGAUGAAAAAUUCUACGAGUAGCCGAAGUCAAAGUAUUCUAAUCACGAGACUAAUUAGCAGUGCUGUGGAAUCUUGUGAAGGUCUAAGCUCCGUGCAAGCAGGCACCGUGAUAUUCGCCAGACAGAAUGCAGUGCUCUUUCAGAGUUGUGAAGUCUUCAUGGAUGGCAGUGUGGCUGCAAAGGCAACUCACAUUAGCACAUGCCAAAAGAUGCUGCUCACAAAAUGCUUCAUCCACCCACUUUGGUUAUAGCACAGUUAAGGAAGAGGAGAAGGCAGGAAAAGUUCACGAGGUCUUCUCCAGCGUAGCGGCGAAGUAUGACCUGAUGAACGACGCCAUGAGUUUCGGCACCCACCGGCUUUGGAAGGACACCUUGAUGAGACGACUGCGGCCCUCCCACCGGACCAAACUGCUAGAUGUCGCGGGUGGUACAGGUGAUGUGGCGUUCCGGUAUCUGACCCACGCCGACCUGUCGGCCGGAGAGGCCGGCGAGGUUGGCGGCGUAGAGCCGGCUGCUGUCGAUGUCGAUCUGGAAGCAGAGGCGGCGCGUCUGGGAGUAGCUCCGAUCGAGCUGGACGAGCCGGUGGACGUGACGCCGCCCUCGGACCCGACGGUGGUCGUCUGCGACAUCAAUGCGGACAUGCUGGAGGAGGGGCGGCGGCGCGCGCGAGAGGCCGGCAUCGAACACCGACUCCGCUGGGUGGAGGGUGACGCGGAACGGCUGCCGUUUGAAGACGGAGAGUUUGACGCCUACACGAUCGCCUUUGGCAUCAGGAACGUGACUCACAUUGAUCGGGCACUGGCUGAGGCGUACCGCGUGCUGAGACCCGGCGGACGGUUCCUCUGCCUCGAGUUCAGCCACGUUCCCAACCCGCUCAUACGAUGGGCGUACGACCAAUACUCCUUCCAAGUGAUCCCUCCAAUGGGCACAGUCCUGGCAGGCGACUGGAAGUCCUACCAGUAUCUGGUAGAGAGCAUCCGACGGUUUCCCGCACAGGAGGAGUUCGCUCAGAUGAUCCGCUCGGCCGGAUUCGGGCACGUCACCUACGAGAACCUAACGUUCGGUGUCGUAGCCAUCCACUCCGGCUUCAAGAUGCCAAACUGGAGCGCAAAGAGAUAGGGAAGAAAGGUGUGACGCGUACCAAGUGUGCAAUCAAGUGACACUUGAUCUCAAGUGAUCAAGUGUGUACAACUUGCAAGUGACGCGUACAAUUCAUUGUCAUGUGAUAAGUUAUUGAGUGAAGCUCUUGCGAACGAUGUGAACUAUAGUAGACUACAAUGUCUGUGUUGCGUAACUCUAUUGACUCGUGAGUUGUGACAAGCAUGUCAAGACGCAAAUCAUGCUCAUGAUUUUGAUUUCAUCGAUACAGUAUGGUGACGCUCCUAA